AUGUACAGCCCCCCGCCGCGCGGGUAUCAUGUACCCUCCGGCCUGCGCUCGACACUCGCCACCGCCGAGUCCCACCGUUCCCCGCCAUCGAGAUCUUCCUCGCCGCCCUCGCCCUCGCCGCAUCGCGAGAGCUCAAUCAACCUGCCGUACCUCGUCCCGCGCUCCUCGAUAGGAAGCACGCCAGCCCACAGCCCGCCAGCGCGCUCCGCCUCCGUCCGCACCGACUAUACGUCGAGCAGCUCGGCAGCCUCAAGCUACAGCGACGAAAGCGUGGCUUCCUCGCCCGAGCCGCAGCGUCAAGCCCGCGCCGGCGCCCCCAGCCCCGCCACGAGCCCCGCCUCGAGCAGCGUCGUCGGCAUGAUCGCCUUCCCUACCCCGCGUACCCGCCCUGAGCUGCGCGUUGACACGGGCGUCCAGCCUUCCCCGCCGCGCCGUAUCCCAGGCCAGGGCGGCACCCAGCACAGCCGCGUGCGCGGCUCGUCCAUGUCGAUGGUGCCCUCGACCCUCCGUGCGUCGACCCAGCCACGCCAGUUUACGCGCUCGGUCUCGGCGUCGCAUGCACCCGUCGUCGACUCGUCGCGCCCGGCACGGCUGCCCUUCCCUCGUCCCCGUACGCCGACGAUGCCGACCCUCAUGAGUCCGGUCGAGCUGGUCCUGCUGGUCAAGAGCGCGCAGUUCCGCGCCGAUAUCCCCCCGCAGGCGUGUCCCGAGGUCCGCUUAUACCACCACUGCAAUGUUGCCGAGGACGCCGAGCCGACAGUGCAGUCCCCCGCUGGUGCGAGCAAGCAGAUCCAUGACCCCAAUGUCAUUAUCCUCAGUCACGUCGUUACGUUCACGGAGGAGAUGCCCGCCCCUCCCGCUGUCAAGGUGCCCUCGCCCACCCCCACCUGGACAUCGCCGGGGUCGAUGCAGGCCGCGUGCGCGGAGCAGCUCCAGACGCUCAUGACGCCGUCCGAUAACGUCCUCGGCAUGACAUUUGUCGCCACACCCGAGAUCGACUACUCCCGCCUGGAGGAGUACACCGUUUCGCCGGAGCCCUCGCGCCACACUGUCAAGUCGCGCCGUCGUCGCGUGGCGUGCGCGGCAAUCGUCUUCCAGUCCCUCACCGACGACGAUCUCGACCACAUCGACAGGUGCUGGAAGAGCCUGUCUCUGGGCCACGCCGUCCCGCCGGACACUACCGGAAUGUCCAAGCAAGCCGUCGCGGCUGCCGAAGCCAGCUAUGACCACAUAAUGGGCAUCGUUGUCGACGCCGGGCGCGCGGCAAAGAAGCUCGGGUGCCCCGUUCUCGUGUCAAACCAGGAGCGUACGUUCCAGGUGUGCUGGGACGGCUUGACCCAGCCUUGCCCUGCCGUGUCCGAGACGUUUGGCUACCGCCGCGACGCGAGCACCGUGCGCGCUGGACAAGGCUUCGGUCUUUGUGAGAUGAUGGCGGCCACUGCAUGGGCAAGGAUGCAGGUCGGCGUUGCGUAUUAA